GAUUUUACGAUUUUUGGUGUAGCAGUAGUCAUGGUCAGAUUAGUCCUCCGUACUAAAAUGUGAAUUUCUCAAUACUAUGACAAAAAUUUAAUAGACAAUAAGCCGAUAAAUCUGAGAUAAAAAUGGAAAACACAACAAAUGGUGACUGCUUGCAAUCCAAAGAAAAUGUUAGAGUAUUUAUAAGAAUACGGCCUUUAACUAAGAAAGAAACGUCAGAAGGCAAUGAAAACGUAUUAACUUGUGAUUUUAAAGAAAACCUCAUUGCCCUCAAGAAAAAUGGAGAACACACCAAACCUUUUAAAUUCGACCAUAUAUUUGGAUCUUCUACUACCCAGUUGGAAAUGUACAAAAUGACGGCUUUUCCUAUAGUAGAAAAAGUUCUCGAAGGAUACAAUGGGACAAUAUUCGCAUACGGUCAAACAGGCACUGGUAAAACAUUUACCAUGGUCGGAAAUCAUUUAAUUCCCGAGCUCAAAGGAAUCGUACCGAAUACGUUUUCUCACAUUUUCAGUCAAAUUUCUCGAGCUAGCGAAGAAAAGUCAUUCGUAGUCAAAGCAACUUAUUUAGAAAUUUAUAAUGAAGAAGUUAGAGAUCUCUUGGCCCAGGAUCCGACGAAAAAACUAGCAAUUAGAGAAAGAAAAGACAUCGGAGUUUACGUUAAAGAUCUCAUGGGUUUCACUGUAGACUCAAUUCAGUCUGUUACAGAAUUAAUUAAUAGAGGAAACAAAAACAGGAUAACCAGAUCUACCCUAAUGAAUGACGUCAGCAGUAGAUCUCACGCUAUUUUCACCAUCACCAUCGAAUCGAGAAAUAGAAGAGAUAAUAAAACUACAGUGGGGAAAUUAAAUUUAGUUGACUUGGCUGGUUCUGAAAGAGCUUCGAGAACGCAAGCCACAGGCGAAAGAUUAAAAGAAGCCAGUAAUAUUAACUUGUCCCUUUCUGUUCUUGGAAAUGUAAUAUCGGCUUUAGUAGAUGGGAAAAGUACUCACAUACCGUAUAGAAAUUCAAAAUUGACCAGACUACUUCAAGAUUCACUUGGUGGAAAUUCGAAAACGGCAAUGAUUGCAAUGAUCAGUCCUGCUGACAUAGAUUAUGAAGAAAGCAUGUGUACGUUGCGUUACGCUUCCAGAGUUAAAUUUAUUAAGAAUUGUGUUAAAAUUAAUGUUGAAGAGAAAGGACUAAUCGAAGGUUUCGAGCUGGAAAUAGCCGAAUUGAAAGAAAGGCUUUUGCAAUUGAAUAAUGUGGAACAGAAACGCGAACACAAAAAGAAAGAGAGAGCAGUUAGUGCAGAGGAAAAGGAAAAAUCGAAACAAACUAAUAUGGAAUUGGAGAGAACAGAAAAAAUGAAAGAGGAACUGGAAGAAAAAGUGGCCUUAAUCCAAAAGAAGAUUCUAGUGGGAGGAGAAAAUUUGUUGGAAAAAGCACAACAGCAGGCUUUCUUUUUAGAAUCUUCAGCAGCUGAAUUAGAAGAUCUUAACAGAAGCCAUCAGCAGUUAGAAGAACAAUUGAAUAAAAAGGCAUUAGAAAAAAUUGACGUUGAAGAGCAAUAUUCUUCAUUGCAAGAGGAAGACAUAGGGCUUAGUAAAAAACUCAAGAAAAUACAAGUAUUUAUCAAAGAAGCCAAAGAAGAGCACUCUGACAAAGAAAGGGAAUACCAAAGAGAUUUAGAAGCCCUUUACGAUAAUAACCGGCUUUUAGUAAGAGAAACACAGCUCUCCAACCUUAUUAUAGAAAAUUACAUUCCUCCGGAAUAUUUGAAAAAAAUCCAAACCAAUAUGAUAUGGAGCAACGACGGACAGGAAUAUCAAAUGAGAGGUGUCGCUUACACGGGUAACAAUAUGAGAAAACGUUUAAAUCCUGGUGUUGAGACAAUGUCACAGAUAAAAUUCGACAUGAAACAGCCUUAUCACAAGUAUCCUGAGAGAAAGAAAGAAAAGCUGAAAGAAAAACGCCAAUUACCCAAGAGCUUAUCGGCUGCACCAAAAUCACGUUAGUAAGUUAUUCAUUAAACUAAUUACCGAUUCAUUGUUAAACCGACUAUGUAAACUUUUCCGAAUAAGCAAUAACACAAUUUCUUUAAACCACACACACACGCACAAUUUUUUUUUUUAUUAUUUAUUAAACUGACGUGUUAUUAUAGUUACUUGUAUUCCUAAAGAUCGACACAUCGUAGAAGAUUCAUGUUGCUUUAUUACUUUGCAAAAAAAACCGCUUUGUUCCUAUUGCACCUUCACAAUUCGAAGGAAUUUUAUCAACAUGUCGGUUUAUUAAAUUAAUACAAUUUUGUUUUGGUUUUUGUUUCCUCUAGUUUUGUGUGGUCUUUGAUUAUAAUAACCUGCCUUAGAAAAAGUUCAGAGAAUUGAUAAAUUUUAUUGCAUCCUACCAUAAAUUAAAUGAUAAAUCAUCAAAAAUUCAUUAUCAUCUAGAACAGUUAUAUCAAUCUUGAAUCUAGUAAAUCUGUGGAAUUACUGAUUGCAUCAAUAAUAGAUUUUAUUAUGUGAAUAUGAAUUGUGACAGUGAAUUUUGUUAAUUUCUUAAUUCAGUUCAGUAUUACAUACACUGUGUAUUAUUUUCAUUGAUGGCUGGUGAUUGUUUUGUUAAUUGUUUAGUAAAAUAUACAUAUUGAAAAUGUAAAGGGAUUUUUAAACGAAGAAAGGUUAAUGGAAAUUUUAAAUUUUCGUAAAUUGUUCUUCAUUUAAACGGAUUUUAGCAAUAUGUGGAAUGUCUAGUCUAAAAAAAAUAUUUUUUUAUAUUUUACUAAUAUUUUUUAAUUAGUUUAUUUAGCGAAAAUGAACAUAUUUUAAUC